AUGAAUGCAAGAUCAUGCUGUAGUAUGAGCCAUCAGACAAAAAGCACUCCUCACAGUCCUGGGAUGAUCAAUGGACAGCAGAUCCCACCUAUUAGAGUUUCCGCAGGAACUCCAAGCUCUUCAUCUAACAGUAACACACCAAGCCCAGCUAUUGGAAGCCUAUCUACCAGCUUACAUUUAAAGACAUUCCUUGGAGGAGGGGUAACUCCUCAGAGCAAUGUUAAUGAUAGCAAUAUUCACUUCCCGGCUUUAAGUCCCAGGAGGCAAAUGAUUACAAAUGGGAAGCCUUUAUUCCACAUCCCACAAGCUCCAGGCCUACCAGCUCCACAAUCACUGAAGCCAAAACAGCAGGAAUUUGGAAACAGUUUCCCUAUAAGUACAGUGAAAGGAGGUAGUACCUAUGGCUUUCGGUGCAAGACUAUUGGGAAAAGCAGCUGCAACAACUUAAUAGUCACCAACAGUCCCAUGAUGGUUCAACGUCUGGGACCUCUGUCUCCUCCUGCAAACCAGGUCUCAACAGCAUGCAACCAAAUCAGUCCUAGCUUGCAGAAUGCUACGAACUCAAAUAUACCUCCAUCAGAUACAAGGUCACUCAUGUCACGUGAAUCUUUGGCAUCCACAACUCUAAGCCUGUCAGAAAGUCAAUCUAUACAAAGUGUAAAACAAGAAUGGUUUCAUGGUUACAGGAUUUUUCCUUCUCUUCCUUCCAACCAAGGCUCCCAAAAUGGCAGUGAACUAGGGGAUAUCACAAGUGUCCCAUCUGGAACAUCCCUGUCCAACAAUGUACCUAACUCAUUACCAUCUUACUUGUUGGGUAUGGACCACAACCAUUCACCCUAUCCUAGUCCUCACUAUUCUUCAAAUAGGUCUCAUUCUGCCAAAAAGAGGGCCCUUUCCUUGUCCCCAUUGUCUGAUGGCAUUGGAAUUGACUUCAAUACAAUUAUCCGUACAUCCCCCACUUCUCUUGUUGCUUAUAUUAAUGGUUCAAGAACAUCUCCAUCAAAUAUGUCCCCUCAACCUGAGGUCUAUGGGCAUUUUUUAGGAAUAAGGGGAAGUUGUAUUCCCCAGAGUUGCUCUAUUCCAAAUCCUCAAAAAAGGUUUCUUGUGGCUAAUGGUAGUGUUGCCCUCCCAGGGUGCAGUGAAAAUGGAAACACUGAAUACCAACGCAUGCAACAGCUGGAGCAAAAUAGCUUACAGAAAGCAGUCACAAACAACAUGGUUGUUCAACAAGGUAUGCCUGUGCUAGACAACCAAUCUAUAGGAAUAUUUAAAAAUGGACAAAUGGAUGUUUUCUCUAGGAGUACAAUUGAUAUUCCCUCUGCUCGUUCGCCGGCUCUCUCUGCUCUUCCUCCCCCACAUGGUCCGCCUCCACCAUACCAUGCACAUCAACAUGACCUUGUAAACCAUUCCCACCAGCUUUCCCUGCCACCAACUGCCAAAGGCCCUGUCUUAGAUGAGGAUGGUGAACUAGAUGAUUUUAAUGGCAAACACUGCUGUCAAUGGAUAGACUGCAGUGCUACUUAUGACCAGCAAGAGGAACUUGUGCGGCACAUAGAAAAAAUUCACAUAGACCAGAGGAAAGGAGAAGAUUUCACUUGUUUCUGGACUGGGUGUCCUCGAAGAUACAAGCCAUUUAAUGCCCGUUAUAAACUGCUGAUUCAUAUGAGAGUGCAUUCAGGAGAGAAGCCAAACAAAUGUACGGACCCCUACGUGGGAUAUACACAAGCUUCCGAAACUGAAACGUUUGAUCGGUAA